GACACAGCCCGCCCAGUCCAACGAACCCGAGCCCGCUCCCGGCGGCGAUGCCGGCGAUCCGGCAGCGGCGGCUCUGAGCCUGCCUGCCAGCCAGCCACUGCGCAGAGUGGAAUCGGCAGUGGCCGGUCGAGCCAUGCUCGCGGCCGCCGCCCCCGUCACCAGAUUGAAGCGGGAGGACUGCCCCCGCACCAAGCACGACUCCCUCUUCUCCCCAUGGAAGGUUCUUGUCGGGCCGUUGGACUGGGACGACCACUCCGCCGGCAAGGAGGGGGUCCAACGAUACCGCAUCCGUAACCUCCCCGACAACUUCCCCGGUCUCUACGAGCUGGGCGUUUCCAGAGCGUCCGACGAGGGCGUCAGGGCUCGGCGGCAUGAUUCGGGAGGCGUCGUCGUGGUGUACCUCGGGCAGGCAGAUAAUGUCAGGGCGAGGCUCCAGCAGUAUGGCCGCACGGGUUCGCAUUUGGACACCGGGAAUUCGUUGGCUUCUGCUGGUAAAUCUGAGACGAUUGCGCUUGCGGCUGGGCCUGGAUUGUUCAGAGAAGUGUUCUCCAGAGGUUACUCCGUGGUGUUUCGAUGUACGCUGAUGGAUAAUAAACAAGAAGCUGAGAAGACUGAGGCUCAGCUGCUGAGAGUAUUUGACUAUGCAUGGAACAAGCUUCAGAAUGGUGCUUGUCGCCGUGAAGAAAUACUGCUCAAGUUAGAACAGGGAGCAUUCAGCCAUAGACCAUCUCUACUUAGCAGAGUACGUCACAUGAAGCAAAAAGUAUUUGGAGAGAAAGCAGGUAUAAAGAUAAAGGGAAGUCGGUCCGUUGACACUUCGUCUGGUAUUAUGAGAAGUAUGGUCCCAAGAGUUCGUACGUUUGUUCCCUUCAGACCUCGACUAGUUAAUUCUGACGAAAGUGGAGGCGAGGCAAUUCAUAUUCCCUGGAAGAAAACAUCUGAGGCUAACACCUGUGGUAAUAGACAAGCACAUAGAAGGAGGUCUGAAGGAUACAAAGUAAAGAAUAUCGAUGUUGCAAAACGGAGAACUGUGCCAAUACAAGAUUCUAACUCUGUUUGUGGAGUUGUGCUGGAAGAUGGUUCUUCUUGUCUGGAGCUCCCAGUUCAAGGAAGGAAGAGGUGCACCUUACACAAAGGUAGAAGAAUCAAAGGCUACCCUAAAUGCUCCUUUUCUAGCUAUCCUUGCCAAGUUGAGACUCCAAAUACUGAAUCCAUACCUCGACUAAUUGAAAAUUUGAAAAACUCAGAUCAAGCGCAGGAAAGUGAACUCAUGUCCAAAAAUUUGGAUACAACUAUGAAGGAACAGUUAAGGCAAAGCAGUAGCUUCGAAGCAAAAGAGGUGAAAACUGGAGAGGCUACUACAGAAGAUGGAGCAGAUGAAACCUCUAGGGAUGCUGGUAUCUGUGAAGACAAGACUUUUCAUGCUGAAUCUGAGUCCCAGGUGCAGCAGCCUUCUGGGAGAAUGUGGUUUGAACUUAUCAAAGCACAGAAGAAAUCGGCCAGCUUACACUCAUCAAGAGGACCAGGAUGUCAUGCAAGAGUAGCAGAUGACGUAGCGCCUAUCUGUGGAGCAAUGAUAGAUAAUGGAUCCUACAAAAUGGUGCCGAUUGCAGAAAGAAAAACAUGUGAGGAGCACACAGGAAUGAAGGUCACCGGUGCUUCGUUUUCCAGAAGCUCAGGAUGGCCGUGUACCUGUGGCGCCCGUACAUCAGAUGGUUCACCUUGUAUGAAUCAGCCAGUUGAAGGGAGGAAGAGGUGUGCAUUGCACAUAGGGCAAAGAGCGUCAUGCUCCCCUUACACCAUCGGUUGAAUGGACAAAACGGUUUCUUUCAUUCAGUUGUUGUUUUCGCACCUUAAGUCAGAAGAUUCAAAACAAAGAAAACUGAAGUUUUUUCCUAUGUUGAGCUGAUUUUUUUUUUGUGCCAGUGUUGAUUCGUCAUUCAUACUUCUUGUCAACCAUUUUUUUUUUUUUUUGCGAGCAAAACACUACAGAUUUUGUAACUGUAUUUGAUGGAUUUGUAGAAAACUAAAUAUGGAUCUCUUACCCUGAACAUUUUUCAUCUAAUGGGCUUUGGAGGUACUUGUGGAGCAUCAUAA